AUGGCUGCGUCCAUCGCGCGGCGGUUAGGGUGCCUGCUGUCUCCUGGCGGACUCCGGCUCCGGACAGGCUGCACGGGCAGCCAGAGCCCUCGGAGAACUUUCGCUUCCGAGAGACGGGACCGGAACCUCCUGUAUGAACACGCACGCGAGGGCUAUAGCGCUCUCCCACAGCUGGACAUGGAAUCGGUGUGCGCAUGCCCAGAAGAGGUGGCGCGCGCCCUGGAACUCCGCAAGGGGGCGCUGCGGCCGGCGGACCUGCCGGGGAUCAUUGCCUCAUGGCAGGAGUUGAGGCAGUUGCGGGAGCAGAUCCGGGGCCUGGAGGAAGAGAAGGGGGCCGUGGCGGAGGCAGUACGGGCGCUGCUGGUAAACCGGGACAGCCAGCAAGUGCAGCAGGAGCCCCAGUAUCAGGCCCUGCGGGCGCGCGGCCGGGAGAUCCGGAAGCAGCUGGUUCUGCUGUACCCCAGGGAGACCCAACUUGAGGAGCAGUUCUACCUGCACGCACUGCGGCUGCCUAACCAGACCCACCCAGACACACCCAUUGGGGAUGAGAGCCAGGCGCGCGUGCUCCACGUGAUCGGUGACAAGCCAGCCUUCUCCUUCCCUCCACGGGGCCACCUGGAGCUGGGCGAGAAGCUCGGCAUCAUCCGUCAGAAGCGCCUGUCGCACGUGUCUGGCCACCGGUCCUACUACCUGCGCGGGGCUGGGGCUCUCCUGCAGCACGGCCUGGUCAGCCUCACACUCAGCAAGCUUGUCCGCCGGGGCUUCAUCCCCAUGGCUGUGCCGGACCUCCUGCGAGGAGCUGUGUUUGAAGGCUGUGGGAUGACACCAAACGCCAGCCCCUCCCAAAUCUAUAACAUCGACCCCUCCCGCUUUGAAGACCUCAACCUGGCUGGGACAGCGGAGGUGGGCCUCGCAGGCUACUUCAUGGACCACGCGGUGGCCUUCAGGGACCUGCCUGUCAGGAUGGUUUGUUCCAGCACGUGCUACCGGCCCGAGACGGAUACAGGGAAAGAGCCCUGGGGCCUGUACCGGGUGCAUCACUUCACCAAGGUGGAGAUGUUUGGGGUGACUGGCCCCAGCCUGGAGCAGAGCUCACAGCUGCUGGAGGAGUUCCUGUCUCUUCAGAUGGAGAUCUUGACAGAGCUGGGCCUGCACUUCCGGGUCCUGGACAUGCCCACCCAGGAGCUGGGUCUCCCCGCCUACCGCAAGUUUGACAUCGAGGCCUGGAUGCCAGGCCGGGGCCGCUACGGGGAGGUGACCAGCGCCUCCAACUGCACCGACUUCCAGAGCCGCCGCCUGCACAUCAUGCUGCAGCCUGAGGCCGGGGAGCUGCAGUUCGCGCACACGGUGAAUGCCACGGCCUGCGCUGUCCCUCGCCUGCUCAUCGCCCUCCUGGAAAGCAACCAACAGAAGGACGGCUCGGUCCGCGUGCCCCCUGCCCUGCAGCCCUACCUCGGUGUUGACUGCAUCACGGCGCCCACCCACGCACCGCUCCAGUACAUCGGCCCCAACCAGCCGCAGAAGCCGCGGCUCCCCGGCCAGCCUGCACGGAGCUGAGGCCCCUUCUGGCCAGGAGAGCUGGACACUGACGCCAGGGGCUGCUGUCCUGAGCCUGCUUCAAUACCACCAGGGCUCGUGAGGGGGCAGGACUCCAGGGCCUGCCCCUCCUACUUCCCUGCCUUCCCCAGGCACAGUCACUGACCACUGACCGCUGUCCCUGGUGUGCAGCCUCGAACAGGAGAAGCGGAGGGCCGGGUCUCCACCGCAGCACUGAGCAGAACGUCCCCCAACAAAUGGGCAACUCGGGGGCCUUAAUGGGGUUGGCACCAUGGCACUGCAAGCCAGGCCACCACCUGUGAAGCCAGCAUCCCGUACAGGCACC